CCCUUCACCCGACAUUCAUGCAUGCAGUAUAUAAACGUGCAUGUGUGGCAAUCUCGAUUUAAUGUCCAUCUCAUAUCUGUUUAUUUCUAAUUGAAGUCAGAGUUUUAAUACGAUCUUGGUCAAAAUGUCCAGCCAAGGAGUACAGACUGAUUUUGUGACUUUGACAAGUUUCGUUCUAGCUGAACAAAGACGUUUUCCCGAAGCAACUGGCGAGCUCACAACACUGCUGAAUUCAUUGCUGACUGCCAUCAAAGCUAUAUCAUCAGCAGUAAGAAAGGCGGGAAUUUCACGUCUGUAUGGUAUCCAGGGCUCCGUAAACACAACCGGAGAUGAGCAGAAGAAACUUGACGUGAUCUCCAACGACCUCUUCAUCAACGCACUCAAGAGCUCCUACACGACAUGCGCCCUCAUCUCCGAGGAGAAUGAGAACAUGAUUGAGGUCGAGACAGAGAAGCAGGGGAAGUACGUGUUAGCCUUUGAUCCCUUAGACGGCUCGUCUAAUAUUGAUUGUCUCGUCUCCAUUGGUUCCAUCUUUGGCAUCUGGAAGAAGAAGAGCGAGGGCGCUGUGACAGAGCAGGAUUAUCUUCAGCCUGGCCGACAAAUGGUUGCCGCUGGUUACGCCCUCUAUGGUAGCGCCACCAUGGUUGUACUAAGUACAGGCAACGGCGUCGAUGGUUUCCAGUUAGAUCCUGCGAUUGGUGAGUUUGUACUGACAGACCGAGACAUGAAGAUCAAACCUCGAGGGAAGAUCUUCAGUAUCAAUGAAGGCUACGCCAUGCACUGGGAUGAGAGCAUCGCAGAAUAUGUCAAGAGCAAGAAGUUUCCUGAGGAUGGUAAGGCGCCAUAUGGUGCUCGAUACAUUGGCUCUAUGGUAGCUGAUAUGCACAGGACACUGAAGUAUGGAGGUAUCUUCAUGUACCCAGCUCACAAGAAGAGCCCCAAGGGAAAGCUGAGGCUCCUGUACGAGUGCAACCCGAUGGCCUACGUCAUUGAGAAGGCCGGAGGGAAGGCCAUCACUGGUACCGAGAACAUUCUGGACAUCCAGCCUACGGCCAUUCAUGAACGAUGUCCAGUUAUCAUGGGCUCGACCGAGGAUGUGGAUGACUUCUUGGCCAUAGCCCAGAAAUACUCAAGCUAAGGGAUGAUUUUAAUGAUGGAUAAGUUUGGAAUUGCUUAUUUUCCUAAAUAAAAAACAGCUUACACAUUCAGAAUUUCACUACCUUUCCCUCUCUGGAUAGAUGGGUUAAAUGCAGGGUGGAGCAAUUAAAUGAAAAUCUUACUUCUGUGACCCCCUUCCCCCUAAUUUACUUGCCGCAACUCUUUUAUUCAGAAACCUAAAACAUGAAGGUAUAUGUAUAUGUAGCACAUCAAUGUGUGUUAAUCAAUGCUGUUGGUAGAUGGUUUUCAAAUUAUAGAGUAUGUGCUGCCAGUAAAUGUGUUCUUUUCUUCCAAUUAUGUCAAGUUAUAUGUGAAUUCAGAUGUCUAUCUGCUAAUUCUAGGUUGCUUGGGAAUUUGUAGCACCCUGUAAAGGGCACAGGGGUGGUAUUCUGAAUCUGAUUUUAUCUUGUAUGUUUAAUUUUAAAACAAAAUUCCAGGAUGCAAUACUUCAAGUGCAAGCAGGGAUUUGGUUUACUGUAUAAUUAUUUAAUCAUACUAAUUCUAAAAGCGCUUUGGUUGGUGAUGUUGUAACUAGUAAAGUGCUAUGUAACAAACAGCCAUUGUUAUUAUCAUUAUCAGUAUAGAUGUGUGUAUGUUUAAUGGUCCAUUACUCAGCUACAGUUGUGCUGCAGAAAAUAUGCUUAGCAUUAUAACCAAAGUUUUAUGCUAUCAUACUGCCACUUUUAAAAGAUAAUUUAGAAGCAUCUUCUUCAUCAUUAAAACCUAUUAUUCAUGAAUUAUAAUCAAUCAUGUUUGAUAGACUUUGAGAUGUAAAUUUCAAAUGGUAAAUGGAAACUUCACGGUCUUCAGCUUCAAACUAACUUUAGUUGAAAUGAAGCAGAUAAAGUAGAUAACCUCAUUGAAGGGUUUAAGGAAAAUCAGACAACUAAUAAUGAUGAUAUGAAGUUUCCAUGGAAGUUAGGCAAAUUGACCUCUAUUCACCAAUUCUUUUUUACAUAUUGGAAUCGUAAUGUUUUUCCAUCAAGUGCUCGAUUUCUUCAAGCCUUUGAAUAAUUUUUUUGAUGAUGAUAUUUCUUUUUAUUUCAUGUGUGCACCUACAUAAAAUGAGUAUUAUUUUUCAUGGACAUAAAAACAAAUGUUUAUUUUGUAUACAGAUUUAUACAAAAAUACCUUUUCUUAAGAUGCCUUAUAUAGAAUUUGGUUUCCAAUGCAAAUGUAUUUUAGAUUUAUCCCGACCAAUCCUUUGCAGACUGUAAUACCUGCAUCAGAAUAUAAUGGUUGGAAAUAUUAAUAGGGAUAAAGAAUAUUUCAAAAUGACAGAUAUUUUUGGUUUUUACUUUCUAAUCAGAGUUUUUGAAGUUUAAGAUUGAAAAACAAACAUAUCUUAGAUGCUAAUUGUACAUCAUACUGCCAAAAUCAAUUUACUUAUACAAUAGCUCUUCAGUUUAUGCUUAUAUGAUAUGUUCAACAAGAUAUCAAUAUAAAGAAUAUCAAACAAUAUAAAGAGAGAUACAGCAAGACAGAAAAAAACAGUUGUCUGACAUUUAAAGCACAGCAAUCACCAAUAUGGCAUCUUUUGGCAAUCAGAAAUCUGUGGAAGCUAACUUCAGGUUUUCAGUACAAAUCUGAGGAGAGGUGUCUCAAAACUGUCACGGGUUAAACAGAAUCUUAUGGAUGUGUUUGAUGUUUGUGUGUGUCAUUUGAUAAGAAGAUAAAACAAGGCUGAAGUAAAAUUCAUUGUAAUUAUUAUUUAGUUUCUGUUUCUUCAAUUUCUUGGAAUUUUAUGAUAUAUAUAUUUUGUGAACUUCCCUGUGGCAGAGUGGCAAUUUUGAAGGUAAGUGGUAUUCAGUUUGGACAUUUUAUAGCUGUUUUCAAUUUGCAAUGAUAAUUUGAUUUUUACUGAAAUAGAUAGUUAAAGAAUAUUUGAUCCGCCAAAAUUGUCUUGCUCUAAUACUUGCAGAAGAUUGUGUCACUUAAAUACCUUGCAUGUACUAAUGAUGAUAUAAGUAGUAUUGUUACAUUCCCAGAAUAUGUGUGGGUUCUUGUCAGAUCAAAUUCAAAAGUUUUGAUGCUGUACUGUUUUAUUCCAUUUUUAACAGGGGAAACUGAAAAGAAUGUGAAUUGUUGAUUUGUUAAAUGACAAUCUAGAUACUAAUGUUUUCUUCAUAGAAUUUGGAUCGCUAGAAACAUACAAUGACAUGCUAUGAUGUAACGAUAUACAUGAAGAUUAGCUUUUGUGUAUUGUUUUCAUGAGCUUAAUGUAAAGACAUGUACAUGUUCGACGUGCAGUGGUAGAGACAUGUUUUAAAAGCAAACAAUAAAGUAAACCCUUGAUCGCUGUAAAUGCUGGAUCAAUAGUGCCAAAGGCAGGGUUAUGUGUGUCCUCUCAGUAUUCCAUGUGUCUACUUUGCCUAUAAUUCAUUAAAUAAAAAUGAAGCAUAGAAAUUAAA